AUGGCGAUUGAUCUGAAGGCCGGCGGGCGGAACAAGAAGACCCACAGGACGGCCCCCAAGAGCCGGAAUCCCUACCUCCUCCUCCUCGUCAAGAUCUACCGUUUCCUGGCGCGGCGCACGGGCAGCCCGUUCAACAAGGUGGUGCUGCGCCGCCUCUUCAUGAGCCGCACCAACCGCCCGCCCGUCGCGCUCUCGCGCGUCCUCGAAUACGGCGAGAACAAGGGCGCGGAGGCGGUGGUGACGGUGGUGGGCAAGGUGACGGACGACAAGCGCCUUUACAGCGUGCGCGAGGGCGUCAAGGUGUGCGCGCUGGCUUUCUCCGCCACUGCGCGCGCGCGCAUCGAGAAGGCCGGCGGCGAGUGCCUCUCCUUCGACCAGCUGGCGCUGCAGCGGCCCACCGGCAUCAACUGCCUGCUGCUCCGCGGCAAGGUGACGAGCCGCGAGGCCUUCAAGCACUUCGGCCCCGCGCCCGGUGUCCCCCACAGCCACACCAGGCCAUAUGUGCGCAGCCAGGGCCGCAAGCGGGAAAUGGCUCGUGGUCGCAGGAACAGCCGCGGCUUCAAGUGUACCUGUGCUGUAAAGCUGGUCUUAAGCUACGCCUGUGCCAAGAAAUCAUGUAACAAAGGGUUCACUGCCGGCGAAUGUGCGUACUCGCAGCAGCGGUACGGCGACUACAGCGGCAUGUUCCUCUCGCUGCUCAGGGAUGGCGGACACGCUCAUGGGGAAAAUGCGGCAGGGGAAGAGGAAGCGAAGGAGCGGUGGGACGUGUUCUCCGUGGUGGACGGGCAGUUCCCCUCCGCGCAGGACCUGGACGCGGUGGAGGCGGUGGUGGUGACGGGCAGCAAGCACGACGCGCAUGCAGACGACCCGUGGAUCGAGCGCCUCUGCGCCCUGCUGCUCCACCUGCACCGCCGCCGCACCAAGAUCCUCGGCGUCUGCUUCGGCCACCAGGUGGUGGGGAGGGCGCUAGGGGGGCGCACAGGGCGGGCCGCUGUGGGGUGGGAGCUGGGGAUCAAGCCCGUGCAGUGCACUGCUGACGUGGCAUCGCUGCCGUAUGCUGCCAGCUUGCCAUCGUCCUUCAAGAUUCUGGAGGUCCAUCGGGAUCAGGUGGAUGUGGCUGCAGAAGCCUUGAAGUCGCUAGAAAUCUCAUUCCCGCACGAUGAUCCAUCGCACUCUCCCGUUCACUCCCGCGACCUCCUUCAAUCCCCACGCGCACGUCGCACUGUCUCCACCUCCCUUCCUUCCACAACACCCACCACCCCCUCCUCCGCCCCCAGGUGCGGGCACUGCAAGCGGCUGAUCCCCACGUGGUCGCAGCUGGCGGACGAGCUUAAGGAGGCGGGGCGCGCUGACGUCAGCAUGGCGUCGCUGCUGGCGACGGAGCACCGCGCGCACCCCGCCACGAAGCUCGUGCGCGGCUUCCCCACGCUCAUCUGGUUCCACGGCGCCCGCCCCGUCGCGCAGUACGAGGUGUGCCUGGGGAACGGGGGGGUGGUUUGGGAGGGGGACCGGUCGCGGGAGUCGCUGCAGGCGUUCAUGGAGGAGCAGGCGCAGCUGGGGGACGCGGAGCUGGCGGAGGGCGCGCGGCGCCUGGAGGCGGAGGCGCGGAGGGCGGAGGAGGAGGCGCAGCGCGCGGAGGAGGGGAAGGGCGCGGAGCCCACGUUCAGUGAGAGCGUGGUGGAGCUCACCGAUGGAAACUUCCAGGAAAAGACCCGCGGGCACACCUUCGUCAUGUUCCACGCGGAAUGGUGCGGACACUGCAAGCGGCUGAUCCCAGUGUGGUCGCAGCUGGCGGACGAGAUCAAGCAGGCAGGGCGGGCGGGCGUGGGUGUGGCGGCGCUGCUGGCCACGCAGCACCAGAAGCACCCCGCCGUGGGCUUCAUCCAGGGCUUCCCCACUCUCAUCUGGUUCCACGGGGGGCAGAUGGUCGCUGAAUACUCGGGCGACCGCAGCAUGGCAUCGCUGCGGGCAUUUGUGGAGGAGCAGGGCGCGCUGCAGGGGGCAGCCCUGGCGCGCGCCAAGAAGGACAUGAAGGCCGCCGUGGAGCUCAAGAUGCGCGAGCGCCAGGAGGAGCAGCUGCGCGCAGCUGCGGACCAGCGCCGCAUCGAGACGGAGUUCGCCGCCCGGGUGCCGGAAAUCAGCCUGAGUGACCCGAGCAGGGUGGAGGGGCAGGCGGUGGUGGUGCUGCACUAUGCCGACUGGUGCCACGCGUGUGGCUCCAUGAAGACUGUAUUGCUGGACUUGCAGACAGAUCCCCCUGUGGAGGGGCUUGUGGUGGGGCGGUUCAAGGACCCCCAGGCUGGGCUGCUGGCUGCUGGUAACACGCUGCGUAACGGGCAGCCCACGACGUUUUUUGUGAGUGGUGGGCGGAUUGUGGAUGCGUUGAAAGGGGUGAAGAAGGGUGAGGAGGUGCGGGAGUGGGUGAGGGAGCUGGGGGAGUUGAGUGAGGAGGAGGUGGAGGAGAGGGGGAGGGAGUGGAGGGAGGGCGUGGAGGAGGAGGUGGAGCGGCUGCAGCGUGAGGAGAGGGAGAAGAUUCAGGAGGAGGUGAGGAGGAAGGAGGAGGAGAAGAGGAGGGCGAAGCUGCAAAAGCGGAGGGAGAAGACGAGAUGGGCAGUGUGA